GUAACGUUCGGACCUGACGGUUACAGUUUUGGCUCGUAUGUGAGUUAGCUUGGUUCAUUUAGUUCAGUAGUUAAGCAACUUUUAGACAAAUAAAACAUAGACGUGUCGUUGUGUGAAGUAGUGUAACAAUGGACUCAAAUUCGCUGUCGUAUUCUCUGGACUUCAUUGCCAGCAGCGGACGUAUUUUAAAUGUUGAGCAGAGAACCGCACUUCAGACGUCCAUGUUGAUCCUGAAGAAAAACUACAAUUUCAAACGGGUCAUGUUCUGGGGGAAAGUACUGGGCAUAAAGCAGGACUACUUCAUUGCUCAAGGGAGAGGUGAAGAUGAAAUAAAAAAUAGAACAUAUCUAUAUAGCUUCAACUGCAUGGACUGGCUCCUUCUUCCGACUGUCUCUGAGAGCAUGAUUGAAGAAGUGGCCAAAACUGCGAGGGGUCAUUUCACAGGAGACCCCUCUUUUGUGUAUGAACAUAAUCUGUACUUUCAGAUUGAAACAGAGGAAGAAGGAGAGAAUAACGUGAUCAAAUCAAGUGAAGAGAACAGACUGGCGGUGACUAUUCAACAGAUCGAUGAAGAUGUGUCUGUGGUGCCCCGAGGUGCCUUCAUCAGGACUCCACUUGGCCCUGUCCAUGUCAACCGCAGUUUUGAGGGUCUUUCUGAAUCAGAAGCGAGGCAGCUUGACAAUUUUCUACACUUACGUGAACCGAAGAGAGGAAACACUUUAUAUCUCGAAAGGAUGGGGGACUGGUGUCCAGCCAUCGACUUCCUGGAUGUCCUUAGUGACGACAUUCCUAAAGGAUCGUGGAGUCUUCAGUUUGAGUGUGCCAGCAGAGUGUGUAUGCUGCGUAGCCUCCUGUGGUUGGGACUCACUUUCUACCAUGUGCCAAAUACGCCACAACAUGGAUACAUCUACAUCGGCAACGGGCUGAAAAACCAGGACCUUCCUUUCAUGCUGUAAUAUAAACUUGCUGGGGGUUUUUUUUAUCUCAGACUUCUAAAUGUUUUUUUUGGUCUUAAGAGUAACUGAGAUCAGUUAACAAUGAGCCUUUCAGUUCGCUUCUACAAAAGCUAUUGUUACACAGUAAACGCAUGGUGAGAGUGAGAGCAAAAAUUGUCAUUUUAUUUAAACAUCUGUUUUGCGUUGUGUUGACACAAUCAACAUACCACCUACUUUGAAAGUGUAACACUGAGCUCGGUUGUUGGUGACAAGAAGUUGUUGGAGAAUGUUUUGAAGGUCAGGAAAGAUGGUUCUGGGUGGGGCUGAUAAUGACUCAUAAUAGGUCUGAUGCAGAUUAAUAAACAAAAGUUAUGCUUCA